AUGUACUCGCAAUCUCGCAAGUGGGUCGCACCGAGAGUCCUCAAAGAGGACCAGAAUAAACGCAUGAACAACUCUCGCCGCAAAAUCGCACCAAACUCCAUCGCCUGGGAGCUCAACCUCGAUGUUGAGCAGCACAAGAAAGAGUUUGCCGAAAUACAACAAGCUCAAUUGGAGCGCAACAUCAAGUAUCACACCGAUGAUGCCGCCGAGCGGAUUCGCCUCGGACUGCCCGCAACGCCACCAGCAAUCAAACCAGCCUUUGGUGGCAAGGUCUUCAAGGGGAACGACUCGGCGGUGCUUUCUCGGAAGACUGUCUUCGCGCCUGACUUCGAGGAGGGUCGUGAGGUGAGACAUGCCACCAAUCAUGGAUGGAUCAAUAAGGAAAUCGCAGUGUGGCCCAGCAGGAUGGAGAUGAAGUACGAGGGAGAUGACCGUAUCUCUACGGACAAGUUGCACGGCCGCUUUCUUGGCGCACCUCGCACGGAGGGAAAUGAGACUGUCAAUUGGCAGCAGCGGUCCAUCAUUCCUCAAUACGCAAUGGAAGAUUUCUACUACCCUGUCCCAAGAGAGGAAGAAAUCUGGCUCCGCGUGCACUGGAUUCGUGAGCACCAGUUCUCUGAUAUGGAAGGCGUGGAGGCUUUGGGAAAGGAUCUGAUGGAUAUGCUCAACAUAUAG